GAGAGGGCGAGGAGAAAUAGAAUAGAGAGCGAUAGGGGCUGCCUGGUUCCCUGCACGGGCUCUGUUGUGGGAAAUUGUGCUUUUAAACAGCAUUACGCCGAAAUGCAUUCUUCAGUUUCUGGUGCAUUACACGCGCAACAAGAAACCAACACGCACUCGGUUAACGUCAUUAAUAACGCAGUGUGAGAUGGACGAGUCGUCUCUGUUGGAUCUAUUGGAGUGUUCAGUGUGUUUGGAGCGGCUGGACACUACAGCUAAAGUCCUGCCUUGCCAACACACCUUCUGUCGCCGCUGCUUGGAGAACAUAGUCAGCUCCAGAAACGAACUGAGAUGCCCAGAAUGUCGCAUCCUAGUCGGCUGUGAGGUGGAUGAUCUUCCCGCGAAUAUCUUGCUGGUCCGUCUGCUGGACGGGAUCAAACAGCGGCCACGGAAUGGAGGCAGUACCAGGCAGUCCCUGGUGGGAGGCGGGCGGUCUCAGGGCUGUGUAGCCGGGAUCAGCGCCUCUCCCCCGGGCAGUGGGAUCAGGGACCUGCCGGUGGCCACUCGAAGCCCCCCGGUCAAGAGUUUACCUAAUCUAACCCUAACCCUGCCCUGUGGAAAGGCUCUCUAUUCCUACGAGGGGAAGGAACCUGGAGACCUGCAGUUUGCAAAAGGGGACAUCAUCAUCCUGCGACGUAAAGUUGACGACAACUGGUACCAUGGGGAGCUGAACAGUUGUCAUGGUUUCCUGCCAGCUAGUUACAUCGCGUUGUUACGGCCGCUGAGCCAAACUCCGCCCACAGGAAAGGCCUUGUACGACUUUGAAGUCAAAGACAAAGAUCAGGACAAAGACUGUCUGGCCUUCUCAAAGGAUGAGGUUCUGACGGUGAUCAGACGAGUGGAUGACAACUGGGCAGAGGGCAUGCUGGGAGAUAAGAUCGGGAUCUUCCCCAUCCUCUAUGUAGAGCUAAAUGAAACAGCCAAACAGUUGAUGGAGAUUGACAAGCCGACAUCCAAUCCCGUCCCUGGCCCCAGCUUUGACCCGUCUCCCAGCCUCCCAUUGGGUCCCUGCUCCCUUGGCCCCUCCCCUGACCCAUCCUCUGCAGGAAGUGGCAAUGGUGCCCUCCAGAGGCAAGAGGAGGAGAGAAGAGGGGGAGAGGGGAAGAAAAACGCUAAGAAGCGCCACUCGUUCACAGCUCUGAGUGUGACGCAGCGGACAGCUCAGCUCAACAACAGACACAGCAUGGAGAUCUCCCACCCUGUCCUCAUCAGCUCCUCUGACCCCAGGGCUGCUGCACGUAUACAGGACUCUCCCCCCGGUCCCGCUCCCUCCUCAGUCGGAGUUCUGGUUCCUCCCAGAAUGGCUUCAGUCACCUCAGAACUGCUGGCUCAAGCCAAGGUCCAACUACCACUCAACAUCUACCUGGCCCUGUAUGCGUAUAAGUCCCAGAAGGCAGAUGAGUUGGAGCUGAGGAAAGGAGAGAUGUACCGUGUCACAGAGAAGUGUCAGGACGGCUGGUUUAAAGGGACCUCUCUACGCACCGCUGCUUCCGGAGUCUUCCCUGGAAACUAUGUCACACCCGUCUCACGAGCUCCGUUUGCGGUGGGUGGUUCUCAGAACUCCUGUCUCUCAGGGCAGGAGGUGGGAGGGGUGGGACAGGGGAGUAAGGCAGCCUCCCCCUCCUCCGCCGGCCCCUCCUCCUCUCGUCCCUCCCCUCCCCCCUCUUCCCCCCAGUCUGCCGCUGCUCAGCUUAAGAACUGCCUUCGCUUUGGACAACAGACAGUUAACCAGACCCGCUCUGCCAUGCAACUGGUCCACAGCCCGCCCUCCAGCAGCCCAGAGCGUCCCACACCCACCGUCUCUCCUCUCCGACCUCAGAAAUCUUCCCCGUCGCGCUCCGCUGGUCAAUCUGCUCACCCAAUAUCCAUGGUGUCCCCCGGCCCUUCCCCCCUCUCCUCCCCUGCUUCGCGCCCUCUCUCCUGCCUCUCUUCGCCCCUCAUACCACUUUCCUCCCCUCUUUCCUGCCUCACCCCUCCCAAUGCCAGUGCCGCCCUGCUCAACGGAGAAUCAACCAAUCCCUUCCCACCUUCCUCGUCUGGCCCCUCCCACAGCAACGCCCCAAAACCAGAGAAGAAGGAGAAGAAAGGAGGUCUGCUGAAGCUUCUCUCUGGAGCCGCGGCCAAGAAAAAGGCAUCUCAUUCUCCCCCGUCCUCCCCACCAACCCUCCCCCUGUCAGGUGCCGUCCUCCCACAUCACACCCGCUCUGGCUCCUGUCCAAUGGAUGCCCAUGGGCGUGCCGGGUCUUGUCCAAUCGAGAGUGAGAUGGCGGGGGCAAUGGGGUUAGAGCUGCUGAACAGGAAGUCAGGAUCCCUCGAUCUCAACUUCCCCCGGUCGCCCCCGAUGACCCGCCCCGGGAACGCACUGCUAGCUCUCCGGCCUGAACCCAAACCACUGUCCAGAGAGAGGUAUCGUGUGGUGGUGCCCUACCCCCCUCAGAGCGAGGCGGAGAUCGAGCUGAGACAGGGAGACGUGGUGUUUGUUCAUAAGAAGAGAGAAGAUGGCUGGUACAAAGGAACUCUGCAGAGGACUGGACGUACUGGCCUCUUCCCUGGCAGCUUCGUAGAGAUCUUCUGAACAGGACCGCUACACACACACACACACACACACACACACACACACACACACACACACACACACACACACACACACACACACACA